CGGGGUGAAAGUUCCCACACGCACCUUUUCACACAAGAAAGAAGAAGCAGCAGCAAGCUGAUGGAAGAAAAUAAUAAAAUUCUUAAUCGCAUUUUUCCACGAUAAUUUUCAUUCAUUCUAUCCGUUGUUUCGAGUUGUUCGGUCGGUUUUGUCGGUGGUGUGGGGGUGCAGUGUAAAAUCAGGCGAAAAUAUCAAGAAAGUCCGAGUUAGUGAGAAAAAGUAGUCCGUGUUUUGGGGAAGGAUUUUUUGCUCCGUCGAAAAAGGGGCAGAUCCCGAAUGAGGAUUGUUCCUGCUGCUUCGCUGGUCGACUCGGAAGCAACUACGAGACGAAGAUUCGGUUGCUGAAGCGAACAAACAACGGAACGGAACCUUGCUAGGAAUCGAGGGAGAUUCAAUCAGAUACCGCCACACUUGAAGACAGCUGAUUUUUGCAACUGAUAAGAGCAGGCUAAUCAUCAGUCCGCCGCAAUGAGCCGGAAAAAUGAAACGGAACGGCAGAAGCAGAUCCAGGAGAAAUGCCAACUGCUGCUAACAAAGAUGCUGCGCGAUGACGAUAACAAGUACUGUGUGGAUUGUGACGCCAAAGGUCCCCGCUGGGCCUCGUGGAAUCUGGGCGUGUUCCUGUGCAUUAGAUGUGCCGGCAUUCAUCGCAAUCUGGGGGUGCACAUCUCCCGAGUCAAGUCGGUGAACCUAGACAGCUGGACCCCGGAACAAGUGGUGUCUCUGGAGCAAAUGGGUAACUCGCGAGCUAGAGCCGUAUAUGAGGCACUGCUACCGGAUGGAUUCCGACGGCCACAAACUGAUUCUGCGUUGGAGAGUUUCAUUCGCGCCAAGUAUGAACAUAAAAAAUAUUUGGCACGGGAGUGGGUUCCACCACCGGCACCGAAAGUUGAUUGGGAUAAAGAGAUUGAUGAGGAGAUCGAGCGUCAGAAGCGUAAAAAGAAAGCAACCACUAGUGGAGGAACAAUAUCGCUGGGCACGUCUGCGUCGUUGGGUAGUUCGUCGGAUAAGAAGAGUUCCAGCAGUUCCAGUUCGGUGUCUGCUGCUGUUCCACUACCAAAGCUCAAAGCUCCGGCCAGUAGUACAAAGGCUUCGAGCAGGAAUUCGACUGAAGCGACGACAAAUGCUGCUGUUGCUGCAAAUAGUAGUCAGGGAACAUCAGAUUUGCUUGGACUGUCACUAGGGGUAGAGGUGACGCCCAAGAAGGCAAAUGGAGAAAGUACGUUGGACAUCUUGUCCAGUGGGGGGUCCGAUAGGCCAAGUGAUAAAGCCGCUGGCGGCGACGAUUUCUCGAACUUGGCGAAAGAAGAGGCUGACUUUUUCAAUCAAGCUCCCAGUAAAGGAAUCGAUGCUCAGGGAAAGCUAACGAAGGACAAAAUCAUGGCUUUAUACGGAUCUGCUCCCACAACGAUGGUGAACAAUAAUUUUGGCGGAGCGUUUGGCAACUUCAACAGUUUCCAACAUAAUGCGUAUCCACCUGCACCACACGUGCCAGUGAAUCCAUAUCAGAUGAACAACGGUCAACUGGCUGCAGCGACGAGUGGGUUCGGUGCUUUCCAGGCAUUCCCGGCAACCAAUGGUCAGUUUAUGGUUCCGGCGGCGGCAGCAGCGGCUCCAGGUGCUCAAGCUGCCAAUCUUAUGUACAACAAUGGACCAUUCCAAGCAGCAGCGACUGCUCAAUCCCAGUCGGCGUUCGGUGCAAUCCAGUUCCCAAAUCCCCUGCAGCAAAGUCAACAGCAAGUGCCAGUCACAGGGGGCUUUGUCGGCAUGAGCGGUGCCGUUCCAGCCUUUGCAAACUUCCCCCCACAGACUGCGCAGACACAACCCGACAAGCUAAGCAAUCAGUUUGGUACCAUGAACCUACGGGACGUGUGGCAAUAAUUUACUUUAAAUUAAGUUCCGAAUUACUUAUGUACAUCUGAAACCACCCGCAGACUUCACAUGGGGAAAAUGUAACGUGCUAGUGACUGAUAACUGACGACAAAUGGUAAACCACUUACUUAGACGAAGGGGUAAGCAACCUGUGAAGACAAGAGAACGAAGUAUAUUUACUUAUAUAUUUUAAUACUUAAAAGCACUGACGCAAGAAGAGGAAACUAAAGCGCGGAACAGCUUCUAGAUAACUGAUGUAGUUUGUACACAUCUCUGGGUAUUCGAAAAUUAUUAACAAAUUUAUUAUAUUUGCAUGUUUACUAUGAAAGUAUUACUUUUUGCCGAAUGUCGUUUUCACGGAUACCUCGUACUGUAGAGAAUAAUGUGUCAGUGCCCAGGAAACGUCAUUUGAGAGAAAGUUGCUUAAUCGUUUUCAAUAUUUGCCGUUAGAUUGGUAUAUUGCAGUAGAUAUAUCCAUUGUUUGCAGAAUUCUCAUACAAUCGUAUUCACUCUUAUUUUCUUAGCACCAGAAAAUUCAAUUUGAAACAAUACAAUACGUGUUCUGUAGUAACUCAUCUAUAAUUGUAACAAUUUGGAUUGAUUUUGGUGGAGAAAAAAGAGAAUUUGAAAGCUAUCGAACCAUUAUAUCACAAAUCAUAACUAGAUACAUAUAUUAAACGUGUAAAGUGAAGUCGAAGGAGUAGAUUACAGGAAACAGAUGUAACUAAUACCUAAUAAGAGUAAUAUCAAAAAAAUGAAACACACACACAUACAAACUUAACUACACCAGCGGAAUGGGAUUUCAAGGUGCCCAUCAGAGCCUUCACAGGAUAUCAGAAAAAAUAUAUAAAUAAAAUUUAGUGUGGGUUUCGGAGCUUAACCCGUCAUGUGGCUUUUACGUUUGGCUUGAUUGAUUUCCCUUUAUCACUCACAUUCACGCCGGUACAUAGGGCAAAAAGCAUAAUUUAAAUUAAAGGAAAGAAAAGUAAGUGUUACUACGGCGCUGCAAACAUGGAUAAAAUAAGAGAAUGUUAUCGUGUCGAAAAAUAAUCAGUAUAAGAGAAUUUAGAUAAAAGAUUCAAAUAAUUAUUAGUACAGUCUAGUACGAAAUAUUAAGCAAAGAACAACGGAAGCAGAGAACAGUAAUUUGUAAUAAUUCUGAGUAAAUGUAGUUUGCAUAUGAAAACAAUACAACUAAAUAAAAAAAACUAGUAUUGACAUGAAAAAUGGAUAUAAGAAUAUGGUGAAUAAAUAGGAAAAUUGAAUACUGAUAAAUAUUGAUAUCCAAAAGAA